AAAAGCACACUUCUUACUCCAGCCAUGGCCAGCCCAGGGGGCCCUAAUGCCAUUCGCAGCACAAAUUUCACCCUUGUUGGAUCCCACAAGCUGUCCUUGUCUUCUGUAGGAAAUGCCAGAUUUGCCCUGGACAAGGUUCCCUUUUUGUCUCCUUUGGAAGGUCACAUAUAUCUGAAGUUAAAAUGCCAAGUGGACUCCUCCGUGGAAGAGAAAGGCUUCUUGACCAUGUUUGAAGAUGUCAGUGGGUUUGGAGCGUGGCACAGGCGCUGGUGUGUGCUCUCUGGAAACUGUAUCUCUUACUGGACGUACCCAGAUGAUGAAAAACGAAAGCAUCCUUUGGGGCGGAUCAACCUGGCGAACUGCACGAACCAUCGGAUUGAACCUGCCAACAGGGAGUUCUGUGCCCGCCCCAACACUUUUGAGCUGAUAACGGUCCGGCCCCAGAGGGAAGACGACAGAGAGACUCUUGUCAGCCAGUGCAGGGACACCCUCUGUGUUACCAAGAACUGGCUGUCUGCUGACACUAAAGAAGAGCGUAAUAUUUGGAUGCAAAAGCUCAACCAAGUCCUUGUUGACCUUCGCAUGUGGCAGCCUGAUGCCUGCUAUAAACCCAUUGGAAAGCUUUAAACUCUGGAAGGGAAAUGUAAAGGAAAUAUGUAUACAAAACCUGCAUGAACUAUACACACAAAAAAAAGGAACUUCAAUGGAAAUGUGGGAAGUCUUCUGGGUCACUUAUGCUUUAAAUUUCAGAGUAUUUAACAUUAUACAGGAGUAUAUUCUGCGGUAUUUUUAUUUCACUGUUAAGGAUUUUAAGGCU